AUGGGGGUGGCAGGCCCUGCUGCAGCCAUGGGACAGCCUGUCCCAGGGGCUGGGAGUGUGCCUGCGGGCACCAGCACCGGGGGCAAAGAGCACUUCCUGGCUACAACAGACCUGCUGCAAGCUUGCCAGUGGUGCCCGGCACAGACUAACCUUGUGGAUGCUCCAACAGGUGUGGCCAAGGUGCGAAGUGGAAGUGCUGACAGUCCUGUGAGUGCUGCUUCCUCAACUGCUCAGUCAGUCCCUGUCCCCCUGCCUGGGAAGAACCCCACAGGCCUGCCUGUAGGCCAAAGCAACUCAGCUUCCCUGCCAGCUUCCAGCACUCACGCUCCAACACAUGGCACAGUUGUGCCCCUACAAAGGACCUCCUCAGCUCCACUGCAGCCUGGCUGGCAUCAUGGAGAUGUGGGCAAGGACAUCCGUGAGAACACUGACACUCGUUGGCAAGAGCUCUUCAACAUCAAGUUGCAGAUUGUGCAGUACCUGAAAGCAGUCUUUGUAGUCUGUGUAGUAGCAGCCACCUUUUUCCUGAUACUUGUAUUGGUGCUGUGCUGCACAGCAGCCUGCUACUGCCUGAAGAAAGCCAUGGGGAAAGGCUCUGCAGAUCCAGGACACAAGCUGGAAACAGGCAGCUUCCUUUCCAGUCUGAAGAACAAGAGGAGCUCCCCUGACACAGCUCAAAUCUCAGCCAAAGAGCAGAUGCCAGAGCAGCCAUUGAAGACAGCACAAGUGGAGCAUCCACCCAGCCCACUGGAGACAGUGGCAGAGGAGCAGCCACGCAGAUCACAGGAGCCAGUGCCACAAAGGCGUCCACCCAGCACACUGGAGACAGUGGCAGAGGAGCAGCCACGCAGAUCACGGGAGCCAGUGCCACAAAGGCGUCCAUCCAGCACACUGGAGCCACCUCCAGAGGAGUAUCCACGCAGAUCAUGGGACUCAGUGCCACAGAGGCACCCACCCAGACCUCAGCACUCCAUGUCAGCCAGAUCCACGGUGGGGCCACCGAGCUCCCCGAGCAAGACCUUUCAGCAGCCCAGUCAGCAAUGGAGCCAUUCGGCAUCCUCCCACCGCACCAGUCAGCACAGCAACCGAGACUAAGGCUCCUCCUGUUUGUGCUGUGAAGAAAUCAAAGUGGGUUUGUGACAUGGCUUGGUGAGGGCUGCAAGGAAGAUUGGUCCAGUCUAAAGGUUUCUUCACAAUGGAGACAGAGGAGCCCUGUGAAACGGCAUUUGAAUGGAGAGUGCAGGGGACUGAUCCCCGUGGGGAGCAUCCACCCAGGACACCGAAGACAGUAGCUGUUGUGUUUGUGUACUACCUUUUACCUUGUGUAUUUCUGUCUGUAGCUGUAUAGAUUGCAAAUACCUGCUUGUAUGUUGUGCUAAGCUGUCACUAUAAAGCUUCAUUCCUUAAUUCCCA